AUGAAUAAGGAAGUUAUGUCACGUGUGAUGAAGAAGAGGCAGGCGGAUCCAAAGGUGGUCCAGUAUGUGUGGGCGGCGAUAGAAGUCAUUCGCAACCAGAAACAAAUAGCCAACAUGGACAGAAUCUCCAAGUACCUGAGCCGAGUCUUUGGGAUGCAUCCUAAAGAGACUGCCAGACAGCUGAGCCUGGCUGUGAAGGACGGCCUGGUGGUGGAGACAUUGACGGUUGGCUGCAAGGGUUCCAAGGCCGGGAUUGAGCAGGAAGGCUAUUGGCUGCCUGGGGAUGAGAUGGAGCCGAAGCCCGAGGGAAGCAAGUCCUCAACUGUGCCUGACCCUGCAAAUGACUGGGAGACGGAGAGCCACGACUGGUACUGCUUUGAGUGCCACCUCCCCGGCGACGUCCUGACGUGCGACAACUGCUUCAGAGUCUACCACUUGAAAUGUUUGUCAGACGAAUGCAAGCCCAGAGACUGUGGCUCCCACUGGCAAUGCGUCGUCUGUAGGGGCAGCAAAAAGAAGAACCUGAACAAACAGGAGAUGUGUAAAUACCUGCGUUUCAUUGUCCAGCGUAUGAAGGAGAGGGCAGUGGACCUAAACAAGAAAGGCAAAGACACGAAACAUCCCAUGUACAGACGACUGAUCCACACUGCGCUGGACGUCUCCAACAUACAGGAGAACCUGACUGAAGGGAAGUACAAGAACUUUGAGGAGUUUAAGGCAGAUGCCCAGCUGAUUGUUCAUAACACUGCCAUUUUGUACGGAGUACACAGUGACCAGGCAGAGAUUGCGCGGCUUCUCUUUAGUGACACAUGCCAUGAGUUGAACGAGCUAUUAUUGUGUAAGAACUGCUUCUACCUGUCCAACGCCCGGCCAGACAACUGGUUCUGUUACCCAUGUAGUCCCAGCCAUGACUUAGUCUGGGCCAAAAUGAAAGGUUUUGGAUACUGGCCGGCCAAAGUCCUUCAGAGGGAUGACAAUCAGGUGGAUGUGCGCUUCUUUGGACACCAGCAUCAAAGAGCAUGGAUUCCCUCAGACAACAUCCAGGACAUCAAGGUGAGCGUCCAGCAGCUGCAGGUGAAGCGCAGUAAUGGCUGGAAAAAGGCCUGCGAGGAGCUGGAGAUCUACCAGCGCUUCUUGAGGGAGGGGCGUGUGUGGAAAACAAAGAUGGAGGAAGGCAGCCCACUGCAACAACAAAACCAGAGCCAGCGGCAGCAGGAAGAGAGCAGUAGCAGGACAGAAAGGCUGGAGCGGACAGACGAAGCAGAGUCCAGCAUCUCCUCCACCAGUAACGAGCAGGUCCGGAAUCUCAAAGGGAGUCAGGAGCCCAAAGCCAAGAAGAGCCGUCGCUCUCAGCCGGCCGAGACAAAAGAAGAAGGCAGCGAUCCGGAGCCAGAGAUGGAGGCAGUCAGCUCAAGCCAAGAGAUCCCAGUGUCCUCGGCGCCUCUGCAACCUGAGAAACUGUCUGUGUCCACGCAGACAAAGAAAGCCAGCAGCGGGUCACCUCGCACGACGCACCGCGGCACCCAGACCACACAGACGGCUGCCAGAACAUGUGCCAUGAGAAAUACACCAAGGUCUUCAAUGAUGUCAAAGAGAUGAUGAAGGCGGACAACAAGAGGGAGACGGAGAGAGUUGUCCGAGAAGCUUUGGAGAAGCUGCGUGCGGAGAUGGAGGAGGAGAACGUCAGGCGGUGAGCAAGGCGGUUGGCAGGAACUCAGGCUGAGAUGGAGAGAAAGUGUAAGCAGGUGAAGGAGAAGUGUAAAGAAGAAUGGUGGAGGAGGUGAAGAAGUUGUGGCCCAACAAGCAGCUCAUCUCUCAAACCAAGAAAAAACAGUGGUGUUAUAACUGUGAAGAGGAGGCCAUGUACCACUGCUGCUGGAACACCUCCUACUGCUCCAUCAAGUGUCAGCAGGAACACUGGCACGCCGACCACAAACGAACCUGCCGCCGAAAGAGAUGAACAAUGCCCGCCUCCUCUCUGCCUAUGCCGCACGCCAUUGGCUGUUGCCCUGUUCCGGUCCUGUCAGUCAAUAACUACAAACUCACAUCUCCCUUCUGUUUCUGUACUUGCCUUCCUCAAACCUUUGUGGACCUGAUAUUUUCUGCCUGAAAAGAGCUAUUUGUUCUUUUUUUUAAUUGACCUUAUUUAAUGUGCUUAUUGUGUUUUUCUUAUUCAUUGGUUUCUUCUGGAUCUUGGGCGGAUUGAUCAGGAGCAUGGUAUGAUGAUGUGCAGUUUUUUUUUAUGUAUAAUUACUGAAGUGCUAAUUCUGAGCUCGUUUCACAGAAUGUGUUAUUUAAGUGUGUAGUAACAGAUUAAGUGAAAACAUUUUAUUACCUGAAAUUUUUUUAAGUCACUUUUCUUACUGUAAAUGUAACAACACACCGUCAGUUUAAAAAAAAAAAGGGGGGGGGGGGGAAGAAACUGAGUACUACCGUACCUUUAAACUAACUCUGCUUUUGUAGAGAAAAGAAUCUUUAAAAAAAAAACAAAAAAAAAAAACAUAAUACAGCAGAAAAGGGGGAAUAUGGUGAAAAUGUUGCUGUGGUUAGCACUUUUCAAUGUU